AUGUGGAGUAAGAAAAGUUUUUUUUUUUUUCUCUCUACUCCACAUAGAUCCCAAACCCUUGAAUAUAAAAACGACUCAUUGAAAUCGGUUGAGUAAUGUAAACGUUAUAGUGCUUUUUAUCCAGAAAAACCGCAGCUCCCUGUGAUGCCGUCUGCCGGAUUCCGCUCCUGGUUUUCUUUUUUCAUCUCAUUCCCAGGAGUGGGUAGGUGGGCGGAGCCAUAGACAUGAGAGCCAUGGAGAGCUGGCACCAAUUCCCUGAUUGAACACACCUGGAGGCUCUGCUGGAGGUCUAUUUAAGAAGAGCCUGUACUCCUUUGUUUCCCAUCUCUUUCCCUCCCGAAUGGACGAUGGAAUAUGCACAGCCGCACCGCCCACAGCUUCCACACAGGAAGUGUGACAGUGUGACGAAAUGUUUCCAGAUAAUGAUGAUUUGCUUGUGAACCUGGGGGGGGGCGGGGCGCUUGCACUUGUAUCUGAGGAGAGAAGAUCCACAUCUCUUGUCUUAUUUCUUAAUACAUGCCUCUGCUGCCACAUUAUUUUUUCGUAACGGCGAAAGACCCCCCAACCCCCCUGGGUAGUGGGGUUAGGGCUUCAUCUGCUGGUGCAGAAGGUGCUGUUCAGAUUAGCCAGCCCGUAGCGGCAGCUAUAGGCAUUUAGACAGACAUCGUUAUCGCUUUACAGGGUACAGGGUGCGUACGGAAGUAACAUUAAUAAGCGGAAGUAGCAGCUUUAAUUCCUCAUUCAGAAGCCCAUUACAGUUCCACACUGCAGAAUGGAACCUCUGAUCAUCAUCGUUCUGGCUUUCUCUGCGAUCUCAGUUUCCGGAGCUGAGGAGUCUCUGUUUGUGCGUAAGGGAGGCUCUGUUCGUCUGGAUGUGCGGAGAGAUGCAGAACCCCCGUUUAGCAUAUUUGUUUGGAAAUUUGAUAUCACUACAUUUAUACACAUGUAUGUGGGAAACGUCGUGACAACAUUUCCAGAUUAUAAGAACAAAACAGAAUUUGAUGAAAAGAACCUCUCUCUGCUGCUGAAGAAUGUGCAGGAGAGAGACAGUGGGAUCUACACAGCAAAGAUAACUGAUAUUGAAGGAAAGGAGAGAGAUGUUGCUUCCUACAGACUUACAGUUCAAGAGGCCCCGCCCACACCCCAGGUGGGAGUGGUGUCACUCUUCUCUGCUGGAGGGUUCUGCAACGUGUCAGUGAACUGCUCUGCUAAAGACACCUGGGCCAGCUACACCUGUGACCAUGACGACUGCACACAGGUAGCAAAUACAACCUCACCGACAGGCGUCAACAUCAUCGUCACGGCAACUAACGGGACCAUCUACUGCAGCAGCAGUAACCGGGUCGACAUAAAGACGGGAUCAAAAUCCAUAAAGGACUUCUGUACACCGAUCAAUCACGUGGCGUCGCCGGGAGUCACUGUGGGAGUCAUUGUUGCCGCCGCCGCCGUCAUCAGCAUUACUGUCAUUUAUAAAAAGAGGAGGAAAUCUGGAGGGUCCCAGAUAGAGGGCAAGUGCAACACUGAAUAUGCUUCUGUUGAGGGCCCGGGUGUGGAGCUCAGUAAUCCAAGCAGGGAAGUAACCGUGUAUGAAACAGUCACCACUGCAAAGCCAGAGCACCAUCCAAAAGUGAACACAGUCUAUGACGUGUUGGGACCAGCAGGAGACCCUCCAACACAACCUGAGUCCAUAUAUGCCACCGUGAAUAAGGGUGCAUCAUAACCCUUAGAAGAGUAGACUAUCUGGGCCGUCUGGGUAGUGUAGAGGUAUAAGCACUCUACCUCUGACUACCGCCGCAGAGACCCCGGUUCAUUCCCUGGCAGCGGUACUUCCGGCUUGGUCAGACGUUCCUACGAACACAAUUGGCAGUGUUCGCGGGUGGGAAGCCGGUGAGGGCAUGAGUCCUGAUCGUUGCGCUACUCCUACUGGUUAGUCGGGAAGCCUGUUCAGCAGGGAGGGGAUCUGGGAGAGAUAGCGUGAACCUCCGCAUGCGUUACGCUCUCCCAGUGAAACUCCUUGCUGUCAGGUGAAAAGAAGCGUCUGGUGACUCCACAUCUGUAUCAGAGACUGGCAUGUGGUAGUCUACACCCUGCCCAGACCAACAGAAGAUAGCGCAUCGACCAGGACUGUGAUACACAUGGGGAAUUGGUAUAACGACUAAAUUGGGGAGAAAAUGUCAAAAAAAGAAGAGUAGACUUUCUGGGAUGUUUUUUUUUUUUUAAUUCUAAAUUGGAGUUCUAGAACUUCAUUGCUUUCAAUUAAAGGCAGCUAUUCUUACACCAGCAUCCGAAUGUUCAGUCACAAGCAUUCCAAUAACAUAUUUGUGAUCUUGCACUUUAAAGGGUUAAUAAGAUUCUAUUAAUUCAUGCUGCUGAUCUUCCAGUGCUGUGAUUGGUCCAAAACAUUUAGCACAAAGAAUCCAAUGACCCAAAUGUCUCGCAUAAUUGUUCUGUUGCAAACUGUUCACUGUGGAGUCUCUCAGCAAUGCUUUCCUUCAUGCACCUGCCACACAGCCCCCUUCUAUGGAGGGAUAUUGUUGACUCGUGAGUAUUUAUUUUUAUUUUUUUUGCAUUUUAUUGUGGAACAUUUAAGCUGUGGAACAUUUAAGCUGUGGAACAUUUUGGCUGUGGAACAUUUUGGCUGUGGAACAUUUAGGCUGUGGAACUCUUGAGCCGUUUCAGAGUGACCGCUGUCCUCACAGUGCUUUUUUUAGCGUGUGUAUUCUGCACUGCCGGCUCGGUUUUGAGUGACCUGCCAGAUCCAGACGGGUCUUGGUCAGGGGCACUAAAAUCAAGGUUGCCCCAUCCUGUAGGUGAGAUACGAACUGCGCGUUGGGCCCUGCCUUCCUUGAAAAGAACCCCUUAUUGGCUUAAAGACCUCGCGGAGAAAGAGAAACAGCACUUAGUCACAAUCUUCCGCCCUGCUCUGCUACCACAAUCUCCAUCACAUGAUCUGUCAUCACAAUCACACAUCCCCCCCCCCCCCCCCACCAUCUUUAUUAUAAAAUUAUGCUUGGAGUCAUUUUUGUUUAGGUCAGAAACAGCCCUGGCUGGAAUCCGUAAAAAAAAAAGAAAAAAGAAAAGUGUGGGGUCAAACAUUUCUUUUAGCCCUGAUUUUCCCAAACCGAACUCAACCAAACUUCUCGAUCUCCCGCCGCAACUUCUCGUGCUGAUGUCAGGAGGACAUGCAAGUCAUGUGACUCUCCCGAUUCAUGCCAAGUCAGCGGCCUCUUACCAAUCCCUUCUACAAGGUCCAGUUUUACUGACCUGCCUUUUACAACGAAUGAUCUGUAUUUUCACUUCUGUUUUAUCCAUUUUUAUCUUCUUACAUUGUUGUCUGUCUUUUUGAUGUUUUAUUAAUUUGUACCUUUUUUAAAGUCUUUUUAUUGUGUUUUUUUACUCUUGUAAAUCAGCUUGCCCUGUAUGCUUGAAAAGUGCCAUGCAAAUAAAAGUUAUUUUUUAUCAUUAUGAUUAUUAUUAUCCAUCCAUUCCUUAACUAUACCCACUUAUCCACAGUAAUAAUAAUAAUAAUAAUUAUUAUUUAUUAUUAUUAUUAUUAUUAUUAUUAUUAGCUGUAGUAGUAGCAGUAGUAAUAGAAUUAACCAUUGUUAAUGAAAUUAAUAGUAUUAAUUUUAUUUAAAAAUGAGUUGAGCACCUUGUAUUUGGUGAAAAAUAGUUUUUGCCAUAUAGCAACAACCUGUGUGAUCUUCAGGAAGCAGUUUGUUGAAUUCUGACCAUUUAAAUCAGGUACAAGCUCUAGAAGCCUGCCUGCAUAACAUUGGCUAAAACUUCUUAAAAAUCUUUCAACAAAUAAAAACAAAACAAACCAAAUUACAGAUUACAGCCAGGUACCUGAAUUACUAAUGCAGUGUGUGGAAUACACACAAAAUGUACAAUUUAUGUGACUCACCAAAGUUUUAUUUAUUUAUUAAUCUUCUAUAAUGGGGAAUGGGUAGUGUUGGAGGUUCAAAAGCGCACUGACAAGGGUACCACCAAGCUACUACAAGUAGCCCCUAAAUCCCAAAGGACUAAACAGAGGGAAGGAAAAAAAAAGACAAAGAAAUAA